AGUAACUCCUGUAAGCCCAACAGCUUCACUUCACAUAGUUUUUUUGUUCUCCUGGACCUGUGUGAUGUCACAGGGAAAGACCAGAGUAGAUUAGAACAGAAUAGAAAAAAAACUUUAUUAUCCACAUCAGUGGGAGAUUGUCUUUGGUUCACCAAAUUAAAAGACUGAGUGACACUGCAGAAAGCAGAGCAUUGUUCACGAGCAAACCUUCAGAAAAACAGCAAGUUUGACCUUCACACCUGGUUUCGUACUUAUUGACCUCCUUUACCUGAUAUUUCCUCUUUGCUCGAGCUCCUUGUUUUUUCUGCAGGAGUUGAAAGGUCGGCACUAGGACCCAUCGGACAGCUGACCGGCUGGCGAUCCGGCGCUAGGACCCCGCGGACACCGCGCUCCUCUCUUUGUUUCCACCAGUCAGCGCCUCCUCCUCCUCCUGCUGCUGUCGUCCUCCUGUAGUCUCACUCCGAGUCUCUCUCCAUCAGCAGCGGCUGGAUGCUUGCAGGGACGGAAACAUGGCUGUGAAUCUCGGCAAGAACCGGCUGGCCCUGCUCACCGCCUACCAGGACGUCAUCGACGAGACCACGGACACCGACUGGGCCUUGUACACAUACGAGGAUGAAAGCAACGACCUGACGCUGGCGGCAUCCGGAGGAGGCGGCCUGGCAGAGAUCACGCUGACCUUUGACAGCGGCAGGGUGAUGUACGGCUUCUGCGGCCUGAAGGAGCCCACCGCCGCUCUGCCACGAUACAUCCUCAUCAACUGGGUUGGAGAUGAUGUGCCAGAUGCCAGGAAGUGUGCCUGUGCCAGCCAUGUCGCCACCAUCGCAGACUUCUUCCAGGGGGUGGAGGUCAUCAUCAAUGCCAGCAGUCUGGAGGACAUUGACCCCAUGGCCAUCGGGCAGCGCCUGACCAAUGGGACGGCAGCGGUGGCGAGCCCGGUCCUGAGCCGUCUGAAGACCCGAGAUGAAGAGCACGCAGACGUGGGCACGGUGUACGAGAAGACCAACGCAGAGGUGGAGAUGAAGAAAAUCAAUAGACAGGAGUUUUGGGAGCAAGCCAAGCGUGAAGAGGAGAUGAGGAAGGAGGAGGAGAAGAAGAAGUUGGCAGAGGAGCGGCAGCGCUUCGAGGAGGAGCGAAUGGAGCUGGAGAGGAAAGAGCAGGAGAACCGAGAGAAGAGGUACCGCGAGAGGGAGCAGCAGAUCGAGGAGCACAGAAAGAAGAUGCAGGAGGAGGAAGAGGCCAAAGAGAGGUUGCGGAAUCAGACCCCCGUAGUAGCAGAGCCGAGCAUCGAGGACCUCAACCUGGACAAGAAGGAAUCUGAGGUAGAGGAGGCGAAGGCCAUCAUCGCUCAGCGGUCAGGAAACCCUCGAGAGUUUUUCAAGCAGAAGGAGAGAGCCAUGACCAUCAGUGUGGACACCUCGCCCGUCUCCAUCCACCGGAGCGGCCGUUUGGACAGCCCGUUCUUGAGGCAGCAGCACAGUCCCAGCAGCCCCAGUCCGACCCCCCCGCACCGGGGCAUGUCGCCCCUCCGCACCCCGCCACAUGCACGGACGCAGCCCACCGCUGCAGCCGCGGACAAUGACGAUGAAGUGAGCACAGAGCGCAACAUGGCCACCGUGUCACCCAUUCCUAAAAUAGUCACCACGCCCAUCAAAGAUGACUACAGCAGGGAUGAGAAGGAAGACCACGCAGACGAGUGGGAUUUGGUGCCAAAGCAGGAGCAGAAACCCCCAGUCCAGGAGUCGACGCCCACCAAGCCCGUGCAGAGCGUCGCCCCGCAGGCCCGCGACUCCUCCGCUGUCUCUGCGUGCGAGUCUGGCACAGACAGCCUGGUUGAUCUGUGGGGCGGCAGCUCCGCCCCUCCAGCCAACGUCGCCCAGUCCUCCCAGUCCUCCCAGUCCUCCAAUCUGGUGGACCUAAUGGGAGAUGUCCUCCAUGACAACCUCCCGCCCAGCACCGCUGCCGCCAGCGGCCGGCCUCAGCCGCUCCUCAGCUUUGACGACAUGAUGGACGGGACUUUCUGCUCGGGUACUGGCGCCGAAGACGACCCGUCCAGUUUGGUGGACGUGACGGGCUCUGAUCAGAUGACCCUCAGCUACCAGCAUGCACUGCAGCAUGCAUCUGGGGAGGGCCAGGAGCUGGAUGACGGACAGCUGCUGAUGACCAAUGGGGAGGCUCUGCUGAAAGAAGGCACUCAGGUGAGCCAGGCGAGCGAGGGCUACUUCAGCCAAUCACAGGAGGAGGAAUUCGGGACAACAGAGGAGUCCUCGGCUAAACCCGCACCGGUCUUUUAUAACAAGCCACCAGAGAUUGACAUCACGUGCUGGGACACGGACCCCGUGGUUGACGAUGAAGAUGACUAACCGGCCUAUAUGACACCCACACCACCGCCACCGGACCAAGAGGAAGUAGGAAGUGUGCUUCAUGAAGAAACAGAAUUUUUUUCUAAAAAAUAAAAAGAAACAAACAAAAAAAGUAAUAAUAACAAGUCUUGCAUCAAAACUACUUCUGUAUUAUCUUUUAGAAUCAGUAGCCACAGAAAAAAGACAGGGUUGUUGACGGUUUGGAACGAUUUUCUUUUCUGUGUUUAUUUUAUUUAUUUGCUGUUUUCUUUCUUUCUUUUUUUUUUUCUUUUUUUUUUUUGCUAUGCAGAUGUAUUAGCUGGGAGUGGGGGGAUUUUUUUGUUUGUGUACAUGAUAAUUACACGUAGCGCACUGCUGCAUUUUAGAGACAAUGAAGCCUGGCGUGUGGCCGACACGCUUAGUCUGUAGUACUUCAAUAACACCCUAUAAAACUAAUACAGCCAAUCAAUACAGCUGCCAUGUAUAGCUUCACUCUGUUCUCUUCUUACCUCGUUUUCACCACCCUCCUUCUUCCCUUCCUUCCUGAAAAUAUUCACCUCUGCAAGUCAGUUAAUCUUGUAUUUAGAGCUCACUUUACAGAAACAAGGUGAAAUAUUUUAUUUAUUCUGGUGUUUCUCAGCUGCAAUCUGUUCUCAAAGUCAAACUGUGGCUCCUUUUUGACCUUUUUCCACACCUUUUGUAUGAUUUUACUGAAUGAAUUCAAGAUUAAAUGGCUUGUGAAUCUGAUUGCUUUUUUCAGUGCACUUUUCUUCUUUCGUGACCUUGUUGAAGAUCUACAGCUCGACUAUCAGCCGUCCCCUCUGAUUCCAUAAAGCUUUGUAUUUUUAUCUCACUUCUAUAUUUACACAGCAAAAAAACCGAGCAGUUUUUGCAGCUAAUCUAGAGAAAUUUACUGUUGCUAUUUUUCCAGGUUUUUUAGGAGCGUUUGGCUUUAAGGUGUGAAUUUGUAUGAUUUUCAUUCUCUAGAAUAUUCUCCCAAAAUCUUAAAAAUGAGACGUUUUUAGGUGUAAGAGAAGUCGGGAUGGAUGCUUUAAUUCAUUUUUGUAAAAAAAACAGUAUCAACAGUGAGCAGUGCUAGCUAACAUUAGCUGAAGAGUCAAGGAGUCGUGUAUUUUCAAUCAAUAAUCAAAUUGCACAACAAAGUUUCACUUGAGGAUGGAAAAAAUAAACACUGAUGGUGACUUAAGAUAGGAUUUUAGUAUAAAAAAGUUAGCAAGGAAGUAGCUAACUAACUGUUACUGCUACUUUAACAAACAAAAAAAGUCUAGUUUAUUUUAAAAAAUUCUAGCGAAACAUUAAUGUGACUGAAGUUGAGCCAAAACUAGAGAUAACAUAAUGGUUUGGGGCUCUAGCUUGCCUGCUAAUAAUUCCCUGCUGCAGGCUAAUGACGUUAGAAGAACACUAUUUUCAGUUGAUAGUUCAAAUAAACAUUGAGGACAGAGUAGCCUAAGAAAUAAGAAAUACCUGGCCUACCUUUAAAUUUUUAUUUAGCUAACAUUUCUAUCUAACUGUGGUAAUGGUUUGUGUAGCAUAUCUAAGUUAUAGCUUGCUUGCUAACGCUACUAUUAGCUAAAUGACAUUUGAGUGCAAAUGCUAGAUAGCUUAGCAUACAUUAUUUGAUGGAUUCCUUUUUUUCAGCAUCAGCGAUAGCAGUGCUUGCUAACCUUAGCCAAAUAAGUAGACUUAUUUAAUAUUGGUAAUUGGUAAUCAAAUCAUCGGCUCCCAGCACAACUGUAAUUUGAAAUUAGAACAAAAAAGAAAGACAAAAAAUACAUACUGAAUUUGACCAUUUUAGUAGCAAAGUAAGAAAAAAAAGGUUCUUCAGCUAACAGUUCGGUGGCCAGUAAGUUAGUAGGUAUCCUAAUAUUGCUAUUAGUAAAAAUAAAGUCUGUUUAAUUUAGUUGUACUUGUCAGGCCAAAUGUUAAUGUGACCACAGUCAGCCCAAAAUCGGAUAUAAAUGAGACUUUUUAGGGUUCAAAAAUGACUCACAGCCAGCUCUUAAUGACUAAUGUUAGCUAAGGCUAGGUAAAAAGCACUAGAUUGUAAAUGCAUUAUUAUUAUUGGAUUGAUUCCUUACUUUUAAUUAAUUUUAACCGUAAUAUUAAAAUUGAUUUCAGGCAGUUAGGUGUUACAGGACCUCAAGGGCAAUCACAGGAGGGCCAAAUUAAACAGCUGAUUAAUUUGGCUCAACAAGCACAGAUUAUGUCACCUUCUUAUUGAGAGUACAGAUAAUUAUAAUAAUAUAAUAAUUAUACACACCCGACCUGACCUUGUUUGAUUAGCGAAUGAAUGGAGCAAAGCCCGCAAGUCAGUCCAGACAGACUCAAACAUAAUAUGACUUACGCUCCUCAGUCAUAAACACUUCCUCCAUGCGCUGAGCUAAAGCUCCAAAAUUUUACAUCACUGCCUGCUGCUUUAAAUAAACAAAUAAAUAAAAGGUUACGCUAACUCACUGCACUCUCUUGUGGUACAAAGUGGUAUUACACAAAAGUGCAGCGCAGUCCUGGUUCACCUUCAGUUGAUAUCUCUUGAACACAGUGGAUAGAUGUUUUGGAAAUGAAGCCAGCGCAGUAGUUUAUUCUCAUUCUGAACAAGAUUCAGGAUUUGUGUGGAAACCUUCGUGAUGUCUGGAGCAGCUUAAAUCCCUGAAGAUGACUUUGAGACGUUCUCUAACCCAUGUCUACUGCCCUUCUGCUUUUCUUCUGUGCCAUUUCAUGCAGUAUGGUAAUGUCUUUGGUUGUUGUUUUUUUUUAUUAUUGAUGUGUUGUUUUGGAAGCUGUUUGGAGUCUGAGACGGGGCACGCUGAGACCGGAGGCGUGUGUGUUUUUAAUACCUGUUAAAAAAGUGUGCUAGAGUUGAUUUUCAGGACCUUUUUGGAUAUUAGCACUGACAGUGUUAGUCCUUUUGCUGUACAUCCCUGUAGGAAAUAAAAACUCAGAGGCAAUAAGAA